CCCGGGGACAGCUGGCAGCCCCCGCGCGGGACCAGACACAAAGCCGAUCAAUCCCGGCGGCGCGGGGGCGGGGGGACGCCCGCCGGGGCUUCCCUUCCGCUCCGCGCCUCCUCCUGCCCCCUCAUUAGGACCCAGCCCACACCUCGUCCGGCAUCCACUCUCCUCCCGCUCCCACCCUCCACGCACAAAAGGAACAGCCCAGACCCCCGACCCAGUCCUCCGCCAAGCCAGACCUGCCCUUAGGCAGCCGGCUGAGAAGGCGCCCCCCGCAGGGGGAAGCUGACAUCCACCGGGGUCCGCCCAUCGCUCCCCGGGUCUCCCUGGAGCGAGCCUCUCCUCCUCUCUUGCCCCAGGAGUUCAACCCCCAGCUCCAACCCCCCCAUCUCGCCCCCCUCCCCCUCCCCGGCCCGGGCCUCCCGCGCUCCGGUCGCCGGGACCCUCCGCUUCCGAGGCGCAGCCAGCUCGGAUCCCGGGAAGAUGGCGAGGAGGAGCCGCCACCGCCUCCUGCUGCUGCUGCUGCGCUACCUGGUGGUCGCCCUGGGCUAUCAUAAGGCCUUUGGAUUCUCUGCCGCAAAAGACCAAGUAGUCACAGCAAUAGAGUAUCAAGAGGCUUUAUUAACCUGCAAACACACAAAGAAUACCAUAUACUCCAGAUUAGAGUGGAAGAAAGUGGGACAGAGCGGUGUCUCCUUGGUCUACUACCAGCAGUCUCUUCGAGGUGAUUUAAAACAUCGAGCCGAUAUGAUAGAUUACAAUAUACGGAUCAAAAAUGUUACAAGAAAUGAUGCUGGGAAAUAUCGUUGUGAAGUUAGUGCCCCACGGGAGAAGGGCCAAAACCUGGAAGAAGAUACGGUCAUUCUGGAAGUACUAGUGGCGCCAGCAGUUCCAUCAUGUAACAUCCCCAGCUCUGCUCUGAGCGGAACUGUGGUAGAGCUGCGAUGUCAAGACAAAGAAGGGAAUCCGGCUCCUGAGUACCUGUGGUUUAAAGAUGGCACCCCUUUGUUGGAGAAUCGAAAACUUGGCUACCACGCCAACAGCUCAUAUACAGUGGAUUCAAAAUCUGGGACUCUGCAAUUUAACACUGUUUCAAAACUAGACAGUGGGGUAUAUUCCUGUGAAGCCUUUAAUUCCAUCGGACGCAGCAGGUGUAGCGGGAAGCGGAUGCAAGUAGAUAAUCUCAACGUAAGUGGCAUCAUAGCAGCUGUCGUAGGUGUGGCCUUUGUGAUUUCUGUGUGUGGCCUUGGUGUGUGCUAUGCUCAGAGGAAUGGCUACUUUUCAAAAGAGACCUCGUUCCAGAGAUGUAGUUCUGCAUCUAAAGUCACCACAGUCAGUGAAAACGAUUUCAAGCAUACAAAAUCUUUUAUAAUUUAAUGAAUUCCACCUUUGAGAUACACCAAAACCACAGUUGUUACACAAGCUAUUAAGAUUUAAAACUCUGCUUUGUCUUACUUUUGCAAGGAGGUACAUGAAGAGAUUAAAUUGGUAUUUCAUUCUAAUUUUUACGAUCUUUAAAUUACUUGAAAUUGUUAUUUUAAACAAAUAGUUCUGUCAGCACCUAAAUAAAAUACAGUCUGGCUUCUUGUGUCUGGACGAAGUUAAAAGAAUCACAAUACUUUGUAGUAUUCUGGGGUUUAUGAUAUGUUAAAUGCCCUAACUUCGAGAAAAAGGGACUAAAAUAUAUGAUACUGAUUGUGAAAUUAGUCCACAGAGUGUGAAAAUAUAAACGCCAUCCACCCUCUACGCAAGAGUCUGAUUUAGAGGGUUCAGAAAAUACUGACAGAUGCAAGAGGGAACCUCUGAUCUUAUUUCUACCAGAAUCCUCUUUUCUCCCCUAAUACAAUCUUUGUUCCACUGCUCAUUUAUCACUAAUCUAUUCACAGAAGGGACGUAGCAGGAGUGGGUCUUAUUCCCAGGGAUUUGCACUUGGUGUUUAUUUUUAUUUCUGAGAACCAAAAACAACAUGAAGAAAAAUACCUAAUGACCAGAGCUCACUCACCUAGUGUGCGUCAUUGAUUUCUUCGUUAAAUACAACUUUGAGAGUCAAACACAAGCCCAAAUGUCUUACUUCGCUUGAAUUGCGUGUUGCUAUUUCCUUCUCCUAAGACCCCUUAGAAGAGGAUCCAUGACCUUGAUAUCAGACCUCGCCACUGGACCCCACACAUAUAACUUUGCAGGUACCUUUCUCUGCAUGAUGGGGACUUCAGACUGGUCUCUGAUAAUCAUGCAGGGAAAUCCUGGGGUGGACCAAGUCCCUUGCUGGCCAGUGCUGCUUACUGAAGAGCCAGGGAUGUAGAGAAGAGAAGGGGUUGUCUGACAAAUGAAAUGAAAAAUCGGUCCAGUCAUCUGGCUUCUCCACGGAUUAAUCAUAAAGGUGUCCAAGCUCAUGUUACAAAAAAAAAUUCCAAUGAUCUAUGGAAUAGUAAGUGUAAUUAGGCUGUGUUAAAAAGCAUAAUCUUCUGUAACUUAUUGCGAUUAUUCAAUUCCUACUGAAAAUAAAAUAUGCGUAGGGCAUUUCAGUUCUGGGCAAAUCUGGAUGAAAAGCUUACUCACAAACUUUGACAACUUUGAACAAGGUUAAGCUUCUUUUAAAGGAAUCCAUUUUUAUUCCCCUCAAUAGACAAAGCAAAUCAAAUCCCAGGGUUCAUUGGGUGAACAAAUGGCCUAAGCACUAGCAUGUACCUGGACACCACAGCAGGUCACUGGGAAGAUGCCCGUUGGCAGACUGUGCCUUGCCCCCCACUUGUCUGUGGCAUUGGAUGCUUCUCACCGGACUCCUUCCAAUAUUUCCUAUAAAGGGCCAGUUAGUAGGUAUUUUAAGCCAUACUGGUUUUAUGGUGCCUGUUACAACCACACAACUCCACCUUUGUAGCACAAAAGUAACCACAGACAAUAAGAAAUGGCACGUUCGUGUUCCAACAAAACGUUAUUUACAAAAACAGGAGGCACAGACCCACACGCGUAGUUUUCCAACUUCUGGUGGUGAAGCAGGAGAAAAACACCUAUCUGUAAGAUUUUGCAAAAAAAAAAAUUAAGCUAAAUGCUGCCCAUGCUUUGAUUUGCUUUGGUAUGAGGAAUGUUUUCCUGUUGCAUGGCUGAGGGCCCAAGAGUGUGUGUGUCUCAGAGAUGGCUCUUCAGGCGUAACUACCAUCACCCAAGAUCAAGUUCUUCAGUUUAAAGGACACAGAUCCAGAUUUGGGGGGGAACAUAUGUAGUGCCUUAGCUUUACUAACAGAUGAACGUUGCUGAGCCAUCCGGCCAGAGGAUUCAUCUUACACAGUGUUAACAUACAUCACUCGCGUUGAGUCAAAUAUGCGUUAUACAUUAUCUUAAUAUAUUGUAUGUGGCUAAGGAAACGUCAUUGUGUACAGAAUGCUGACUCCCACACAAAGGACAUAAUGUUGAGCACCCAUUUUCCAUUUAUUAAAGGUAUAUCCACCUAUAUCUUGUGUUUCCAUUUGCUUUUGGGGGACUUGAACAUUAAUAAUGUCAUAAUAUUGAAGUAAAACCUCAUUACAAUUCACAGAGCACUUUGUUUUCCUACAGUCAGAUUGUGUUGUAUAAGGAUGAGGGUUCAAGUCUCUAAAAGCAAGUUUUACUUUGUUUUAAUAAUUGUUGCUAUUGUAACUAGAUCUAAUUUAUUUUUAGUUAGGGGUUUAACCUAGCUAAAUCAGGAACAAUUGAUUGUUUUUUAGUAUGACUUUGUGAAGAAUUUCCAUCACCUCAUGAUUUUGUUUGAUUAAAGUCUAUGUUAAUAAAAAUAGCUGAACUUGUUUAA